AUGUGUUUUAGGUAUGACAUCAAGGCUCUGAUUGGCCGUGGCAGCUUCAGCCGCGUGAUUCGUGCUGAGCACAGGAACACACGCCAACCCUUCGCUAUCAAACUUCUGGAGGUCAAAGGUCGGGAGGGUCACGAGGCCUGUCAGGUAGAACUCGGGGUCCUGCGACGGGUGAACCACAGCAACAUCAUCCACCUGGCUGAGGUUUUCGAAACGCAGCAUCGGGUCUAUCUGGUUCUGGAGCUGGCCACAGGAGGAGAGCUCCUGGAGCGUGUGGUCGCCAGAGGAACCUUCAGAGAACGGGACGCCACCAAGGCCUUGAUGAUGGUGUCCGGCGGGCUGCGCUAUCUGCACACGCUGGGUGUCAUCCACAGGGAUCUCAAACCAGAAAACCUGCUGUACUACCAUCCGGGACAGGACUCGCGAUUGAUCAUAACAGACUUUGGGAGAACAAGACGGCGGUGUCAUUUCACAGCAGAGGAGAUACAGCUCACUGUGUGUGAGACUAAAGAUUGGGCUGUGAGGACGCUCUGCGGCACGCUGGAGUACCUGGCCCAUGAGAUGCUGGCACGGAGACCCUGUAGCAGUGCUGCGGAUAUGUGGGCGCUGGGUGUCAUCACUUACAUCCUGCUGAGCGGCUCGCUGCCCUUCGACCAGAGCAGCCGACCACGACUCUUCAGAGCCAUUCUCAGGGGCAGCUACAGUUUCCAUGGUCAUUGGUGGUCAGAAGAUGGCGGUCAGGCCUCCAUCCCUGCAGAAUCCGUGUCUGUGUACGCAGUGACAUUUACAGCCUGUGCUUUGCUGUGUUGGCUCUCAGACCGCCAUGGAAAUCAGUUAUCUACAUUGGCCAAAAGCUUCAUCGAUCGCCUCCUGACCCUUGAGCCUGAGCACCGGAUGACCGCUGAGAAAACUCUUAAGCAUCCUUGGCUUGUCAGCAUGGCAGCCUGUUCCUCCAACAAGAACUUACACCGCUCCAUUUCCCGAAACCUCCAGCGGCGGGCGUCACGGGCCUCCUCUCGAUGCCUCAGUUCGAGAUCUACUCCUGGGUCACGGAUAUCGAUGAGGUCUGGGUCACGGUUAGGGGUCAGCGACAGGUCACAGUGCCUGAAGAUUGCUACAUAG